AAGGGGUCUUUGUCAAUUAAGCAAUUCAAGUAGGGAUUCUCGGCCAGAAAAGUCUCUGCCAUCUGGACAUCGAAACGCUUCGUCCCCAAGGAGCUCGAUUCUGCAGUCUCAUGAACAGAACAGUGAUCCAGCGAACUCUUUUGCCCAAGUCUGUUUUGCUUACUGGUCUGUAAUGUUUAUCCUGGGUGCAUCGACGAGCGGCGAAAUUUGAGGGCCGAUUGGGUAGUUUCUGGUAAGAUAUUCAACAGCAAAAGAUAAUGGUGUUAGUGUUGGCAAUUGGGGAUCUUCACAUCCCACACAGAGCACUAGAUUUGCCUCCGAAAUUCAAAUCCAUGCUUGUUCCUGGCAAGAUUCAGCACAUAAUUUGCACGGGCAAUCUCUGCAUCAAAGAAGUUCAUGAUUACCUGAAGAGCCUUUGCCCUAGCUUGCAUAUAACCCAAGGUGAAUAUGAUGAAGAUGCCCGUUAUCCAGAAACGAAAACACUUGUAAUUGGACAAUUCAAGCUUGGGUUGUGCCAUGGUCAUCAGAUUGUCCCCUGGGGUGACCUUGAUUCUCUAGCCAUGCUGCAGAGACAAUUAGAUGUGGACAUCCUUGUUAGCGGCCACACCCAUCAGUUUAAGGCCUAUAAGCACGAAGGUGGCGUUGUCAUUAACCCGGGAUCUGCCACUGGCGCUUAUAGCAGCAUCACGUACGAUGUGAACCCAAGUUUUGUGCUCAUGGACAUUGAUGGCCUGCGUGUUGUAGUUUAUGUUUAUGAACUCAUUGAUGGAGAAGUGAAGGUCGACAAGAUUGAUUUUAAGAAGACAGCCACAGUUGCAACCCCUUCCACGCAUUGACCUAGCUUCCAUCGGUUAUGAACUCAAGAUGCCAGCUGCAUCAGUCCAGUUGCUGAGGCUAGUACUAGUAGUUGGUAGUUACCGUGUUUCACUUUCUUAACUUUGGAGCAUUUAGAUUUUACCAAGCAAACAUGUUUAAAAAGAACACUAAAUAUGUAACAGUUCUAGCGGAUUCAACUAGUGCAAUUAAGGCUAGCGAUUGUGAUUGUGUGAAAUAUGUAAUAGUUCUGUUUUGUUUUUCAUUUUUUUAUAAGUUGUCCAGGCAAUAGAGUUAUUCUAGAUCCCAUUGUUGGACAAGGGAGGAAAAGAAACCAUCUACAAGUCAAUAUUAUCU